AUGAAGCCGAAGCCUCAAAUUGAGACCAAUAAUGUCUUCGAUAUCUUGUAGAAAGCAAGUUAAAAUCUGAAGACAUAGAAAUUGGAUCUCAUUAACUCUGUUAGAAACAUGUCAACUAAGUCGAAUUAAAAUGGCAAUAUAUUUGGGAAGGAAUUCUUAAAGCAACAAUUUUGCAGGGAGAACCAACAAAAGAAGAAGUAGAUGUCGAAUCUAGAGUUAGUUGCAGCAAUGUAGAAGUAUAAUUAGUUGCUGCAACAAAAGCGUGAUACACCUACAAGAAAUUAUUCAAAAAGUCAAUCGCUGUUAAAUCAACUAGUCACUAAAGUAACUCCAAACUUAGAAAUGAACAUGUUUAAACAGACUUAACGAUCGCCUAUGGCUACAGAUGUCAGACCUAAAACCUCUGAUUUGAAAGCCCCUACAUCCGUGCAGCACAAAAGACAACAAUCAAUAGGUUCCAAAGAUUAAAAUUAUAAAAAAUUAUACAAUGCCAUGUUGCAGAAACCAAAGAAAGCUUAAUCACAUUAAACCACUCCUUAACACUCCAGAUAAUUAUCGCUGCAAUAAUCAUAAUAAUUAUCUAAUAGAGAAUCCAAAUUUUUUGAGAGCACAAAAUUUAAUAAGGAAAACAAAGAAAAUAGUCAAUUUCAGUAUUAUUUGGGGAAGAUCAGAUAAGUUUUCACUCGCCCCUUAAGAGACGAUUAUUUUAGUUGUAUUUAUAGGGAGCAUUUUUUUUAAACUUACCAAGGAAUUUAUGUUGCUUCUUAUCUCAGACCAGUUGACCCCAAUGAUGUGAAGAAAAAGGCAGUUCAAUUAAAAUAGAAGGAUAAAUAUAAGAGUAUCUGUAAUUGUAUUAACAUUAGAUAAAAUCUCCUUGAUCUUUGAUUUAGAUGAAACUUUGGUACAUUGUAAUGAAUCAUUGCUUUAGAAAUCUGACAUUGUAUUAAAUAUAUAGGUCAGUCCAAACGAAAUGGUUAAGGCAGGAGUCAAUAUUCGCCCAGGAGCUAUAGAACUGUUGGAAUCUUUAGUUGAUGAUUUUGAAAUCAUAGUAUUUACAGCUUCUCAUUCAUGCUACGCUUAAUAAGUCUUAGAAUACUUGGAUCCAGAAAAGAAAUUGAUUUCUCAUCGUCUUUUUAGAGAUAAUUGUAUCAUGACUACAGGAGGAAUGUACACGAAGGAUCUUAGAAUUUUUGAUAGGCAAUUAAGUUAAAUAGUGUUGAUUGAUAAUGCUGCUUAUAGCUAUGCUUGGCAAUUGGAUAAUGGAAUACCUAUUGUCCCAUUUUACGAUAAUAAAGAUGAUAGAGAGUUAUGGGGUUUGCAAACCUAUUUAUUAGGAAUGAUCGGAGUGUCUGAUGUCAGAGAAUAUAAUAGGUAAUAAUUAAUGAAUAAAUUAAUAGAGAGAAAUUAAAAUUAAAUUAAUUUUUUGAUUCCCAAGGACCUGCAAGUGUAUUUGAAAAACUGUUUUAAUAGAAAAUUGAAAUAUGA